AUGCCGUGGGAUGAUUGGCGUAAAGAUUUCAACAAGAAGCUGGACGACUUUGGGGAGGAUGCAAAGCAAAAGUUUCGUCAGCAGCGAGAGGCCAAUGCUGCUGGCGGCUCUGGUGGUAGCAAGAUUGGGUUUCAGGAUCGAAUGAAUAUGCUCAAAGGUGAUAAUCCGAGGUGGAAUCGGGAUGUCGAGUCGAGAGUGUCAGCAGCGCAAGGAGCUGAACACGCUGCGACUGUAGUACCGGAAAGGAGCCGAGUGCCUCCUGCACCACCCUCCGUGCUGAACAAGGCAAGACCACCCCCGCCGCCCUCUCGUCAUUCUGGCUCAGCAGCAGCAGGAGUUGCACCACCAGCCCUUCCAGCUCGAAUGCAGAACGAAGACGGUACCAAUAACCCUCCCCCACCUUACCCUCCAGCAACACAAGCAUAUCACGAAUAUCCAACCAGCCAAGGCACUACAUCCCAUAUCGAGUUCUCGCGCUUCACACAACAAGAUAAGGAAGCCUUCUUCAACCUCCUCGACGAGUACUUUGACCAGAGAGAGCGUUUGUCGCGCUGA